AGCCGUCUGCGCCCCGCGCCGCCCCAAGGGGCCCGCGGCGGUCAGGGCGCGCGCGGGGGGCCGCCCGCGCGGGCGGCCGCCACAAGCCGGCACCAAUGGGGCUCUUCAAACGCUUGUUUGGAGGGUUCGCCUCGAAGAAGAAGGUGCGCAUUGUCGUGGUCGGACUCGACAACAGCGGCAAGACAACGGUGCUGAACUGUCUGAAGCCGAAGAAGGCGUCGUUAGAGACUGUGCCGACGGUGGGAUUCUCCACCGAGGAAUUUCAGAAGCACGGUGUCAACUUCUGCGCCUUCGACAUGUCGGGCCAGAGCAGAUACCGCAAUCUGUGGGAACAUUAUUAUGGUGACGUGGAGGGAAUCAUUGUCGUCGUAGAUGCCACGGACAGCUUGCGAUUUGUUGUGGCCAAGGAUGAGCUCCAGCAGAUGAUGGGCAACCCCGCUGUGUCCGAGGGCAGGAUGCCCAUUCUGUUCUUGUGCAACAAGAUGGAUGCUCCCGGCGCCUGUCCACAGACAGAUAUUGUCGAGGCGCUGGAGCUGGAGCAGAUCACAGACAGGCCGUGGGCCAUCUUCCCCACCGACGCCCUGAAAGGAGAGGGCGUGGAGGAGGCCACCAAGUGGCUUGUGCAGAUGAUGACCGAGCAGAAGGACCAGGAGGGCAAGCCCUGAGCGGCAAUGCCAAAUGCUCCUUCCUUCGCUUUGCCAGGAACUGCUGCUGAUCUCAGACCUGCACGGGCCAGCGUGCGACGAAAAGGGAC